AUGGACCCGGCCAAUCAUCGCAGUUCGCAUGUGGCCCCGGAUCGCUACAGGCAGAAUAUCUAUCUUAACAUCCCUCAGGUCCGGUUUUACCCUGCUUCCAACCCGGAGACAAACCAUACGUCCACGAGCCACAACGCCCCGCCUUCCUCCGCCUCCUCCCUCUUGUCCCCCUCCACCCAGACCAGCUCCGAUCUGCUGCAGGAACCCCCGGACUCGUCGCGGUCUGUGAGCACUGUGACGCCUGCCGAUGCCUCGACCUUUGUUUGGGGCAAUCCGCCCUCUCAUCUCGCAUCUCCCACCGUCGACGAUGAACCACUGUCUGGCGAUGCCUUCGCCUAUUAUGAGAACACAUCGCAGGUUCCCGCUACAUCGAAUCUGAAUCACGAUGACGAAUUGAGCCUGCUUCCUUCCCUGCUGGAUUCCCCACAGGCCCUUUUUGAACUGUGCAUCACGCGUCUGCGUCGUCAAUUCGAAGGCCAUGGCGACCAGAGGUCAUAUGCAAUGGACCUCUUCCAAUACGUCAUGGCCCGGGAGCCGCUCCUUGUUCCUCAAUUACCCAUCCUUUCGCCCUCGAACGACGGUCAGUCCGUCCCAUCCCCUCCCCACAGCGCAAGGAGCCACAGACCGCCCAUCUAUGCUUGCGCCCUCUGCCCGGGCCGACUACAAUUCACGUCGCGAGGCUCUCUAAAGCGGCACGUCUCCAACCUCCACAGGCCCAAGUCUGAGUUUCGAUGCCCUUUUCCCCGAUGCCGCGGGAGGACAAACAGGAGGGACAAGAUGCAUGAUCAUCUCCGACGCCACGGUCUUGGAUCUCUUUGGAGUCGAGCCUCCAUCACCCAGCUGGAGGUUCCUCUGCCCGCGCCCACGGCAUGUGAAAUCUGUUUAAGGAAUCCACCCUUCCAAUCAUGGGACGAAUGGUUCGAGUGCAUCGAGAGUCACUGCCGCCUAGAGACCUCGCUGCCUGACCACGUCCCUGAUGGGCAGGACGGCAACGGAAGUGGUCAAACGGGGGGCUCCGGUUUUGGCAAUGGAAGUCCUUUUCCUGGUCCAGCGGGUGGAGGAUUUUUGAAUCCGGGGGCUAGCGGUGGUGGCAUGGAUUUCAUGGGCAAUGGGGGAGGCUAUUCACAACCCUGGCCCGGCACUGGUUACAAUGCGUCUAUGUCAGAAAACUCGUGUGAGCGGAAUCGAAUUCCUUCAGAUACCUCCAGUGCUUCCAGUCACCAGGUUUCAACCAGCCCCAUCUCUCCCAGCACAGCAUCACGUAGGUCACGGUGCUCGAGCGACUCGAGUGAUGGUUCGUUUCCAAUCCCCGACGGACUCGUUGACAACAAAGGCCCAACCCAAGAUUCCCAAGAUUGGAUGCCACAGAAGUGCAGACGUUGUGGCCAUGUGUCUACGUCGUGCCCAGAAUGCCCACCCGAUCUAAGACUAGCUGAAUGGUGUCAUAGUUGCAAGGACAACAUGCCUUCGUCAAUCUCAUCCCGGUUGCUGGACUUCAUCGGAAACUAUGACCGGUAUCAAGACUUGGCAUGCAACGGAGUCUCCAGCCGCAGGGAUAUGCAGUACGAGAUUGGUUUUGAUCGUAACCUUUCACGUCCGACGGUCUACGUCGUUGAAGAUCGACCCCGUGGACGGCCAAAGUUCAUUUCUCCGAAGUGGAAACGCAGGUCUAUUGACUUUCCGAAAUGUCCAUCGACGGAGACUCAGAAACUAGAUCAAACUGUGACGAUGUCGAAAGGGCCUUUUCCAACUUCAUUAGGAAUCACGCUGGACCAGACCACUCUGAUCUGUUCCGUUCUGCAGUUGGAAAUUGUCUUUCGUAUCAUCCAGUGGACGUCAUUUUGUUUUCUCGGGAAAUCUUCUCCCUGCUCCCGUGAGUCGCCAAAAGGGUUUCCGUCCAAGACUGUCGUCGAUGCUCUGAUGGUUGACCAAAAAGACACUUGA